GCCGGCCCGCCCGGGAAGGACUGGGUCCGUGGGCCGGCCCCCGCCUGGCCAGCCCUCCCCGCCCACCUCCCCCACCCUGGCCGCCAGCACGGGGCGAGUGCAGAACAAAAGACGCGGGGGCGGGGCCGGGCGGGCGGGGGCGGGGCGGAGGCUAUAAGGGGCGGCGGCCGGCGCGGCCCAGCAGGCCCAGCAGCCCCGGGGCGGAUGGCUUGGGCCGCCCGGCUCCGCGGCGCGGCCACGCGCGCCCUCCUGCUCCCGCUGCUGCUGCUGCUGCUCCCGCCGCCGCCGCUGCUGGCCCGGGCCCCGCGGUCGCCGGAUGCCCACCGCCGCCACCCAGUGAGGAGGGGGCCGCAGCCCUGGCGUGAAGCUCCUCCCAGCAGCCCGGCACCUGCCCCGACUGCCCAGGAGGCCCCUCAGCCUGCCGCCGGCCCCAGACCUCCCCGCUGCGGCGUGCCUGACCCGCCGGACGGGCCAAGCGCCCGCAACCGACAAAAGCGGUUCGUGCUGUCGGGCGGGCGCUGGGAGAAGACGGACCUCACAUACAGGAUCCUCCGGUUCCCAUGGCAGCUGGUGCGGGAACAGGUGCGGCAGACUGUGGCAGAGGCCCUACAGGUAUGGAGUGAUGUGACGCCACUCACCUUUACCGAGGUGCACGAGGGCCACGCUGACAUCAUAAUCGACUUCACCAGGUACUGGCAUGGGGACAACCUGCCGUUUGAUGGACCUGGGGGCAUCCUGGCCCACGCCUUCUUCCCCAAGACCCACCGAGAAGGGGAUGUCCACUUCGACUAUGACGAGACCUGGACAAUCGGGGACAACCAGGGCACAGACCUCCUGCAGGUGGCAGCCCACGAAUUUGGCCAUGUGCUAGGGCUGCAGCACACGACAGCUGCUAAGGCCCUCAUGUCCCCUUUCUACACCUUCCGAUACCCGCUGAGCCUCAGCCCAGAUGACCGCAGGGGCAUCCAGCACCUCUACGGCCGGCCUCGGCUAGCCCCCACCUCUAGGCCCCCAGACCUGGGCCCCGGGGCCGGGGUGGACACCAACGAGAUUGCACCUCUGGAGCCAGACGCCCCACCAGAUGCCUGCCAGGUCUCCUUUGAUGCAGUCGCCACCAUACGCGGCGAACUCUUCUUCUUCAAGGCAGGCUUUGUAUGGCGGCUGCGCGGGGGCCGGCUGCAGCCCGGCUACCCUGCGCUGGCCUCGCGCCACUGGCAGGGGCUGCCCACCUCCGUGGAUGCAGCCUUCGAGGAUGCCCAGGGCCACAUCUGGUUCUUCCAAGGAGCUCAAUACUGGGUAUACGAUGGUGAGAAGCCAGUCCUGGGCCCCGCGCCCCUUUCUGAGCUGGGCCUGCUGGGGUCCCUGGUCCACGCCGCCCUGGUCUGGGGCCCCGAGAAGAACAAGAUCUACUUCUUCCGAGGCGGAGACUACUGGCGCUUCCACCCCAGCACCCGCCGUGUGGACAGCCCCGUGCCCCGCCGGGCCACCGACUGGCGAGGGGUGCCCUCUGAGAUCGACGCUGCCUUCCAGGAUGCUGACGGCUAUGCCUACUUCCUGCGAGGCCGCCUCUACUGGAAGUUUGACCCUGUGAAGGUGAAGGCCCUGGAGGGCUUCCCCCGCCUCGUGGGCCCUGACUUCUUUGGGUGUACCGAGCCUGCCAAUACUUUCCGCUAACCACGGCUUGGAUGUCCUCAGGGCCGUUAACCCCUGCCAGGACACUGACAUCGGUUGGAGACCAUGGCCAUCUUUGUGGCUGUGGGCACUGGGCGCGGCAUGGAGCUGUGCGUACUCGGGGGGGGGGGCGUGCACUGCCAUCAGGACUGCGGGGAGGGCCGCGCGGGUCGUGGCCACUGCCAGUGACUGCCUCAGACUGGGCAGGGCAGCUCCGGCAUUAAGGGUGAGGGUGGCCUCAGGCCAGCUCCACCCAACCUAUGCAGGUCACGGUCAAACCCAGCUGCCCUGGGUCUCUGUCCCCAUCCCUCAGGGUAGCACCUCAGCAGGGCUGGGGGAGUUGGAGCCCUCACUGUCCUGGCUGUGGGGUCCCACAGGGUGCUGGCAUGUGGGUCCCAGGGCACUGUGCCUUCUGCCUUUUCCUGAGAAGUCGGCUCUGGGUAGGUGCUUGGAACUGGCUGCCUUCCAGUUGGUGGUUCUGGAGACCUGUUCCCCAGGAUCCAGGGCACAAGGGCCAGGCAGCUGGGGAGGGGGGUGCUUCCUGCCAGAGACCCUGGGACCUGGAGGCCCCAACAUACCUCAAUCCUAUCACGGGUCGGAUCUUCUCCAGCCCUCACCCCACACCAAGCCCUCCAAAGCCAUGUAAAUGUGUACAGUGUGUAUAAAGCCUUUUCUUUCUCUUUUUUUUUUACUGAGGACUGCCAUUAAACAUGGUCAUUUUCUACCUGCUUGCCUGGGGUGUCUCUGUGACUGCAAGGCCAGGAUGGGGGGAGAGCUGGGCCAGGGAGGUGGGAGGCCUGGCUGGGGACCUGCUCUGCCCUGGGAGCCAGGGUUGCAGCCCACCCCACCCCCAAGCCCCUGGUCCUCGGGGCCGGGUGCCCUGCUUAGGGCUUCUCCUCAUCUUGCUGGAUGCCUGGAGUGGCUUUAUAAUCUGUUCCCUGCCUCCCCAGUGGCCCCUCAUACCCUCCUCCACCAAGUGGUGGUCGCUCUUUCUGAUCAUGCCACGCUCCAGCCCCUAUCCUGCCGCUGUCGAGACACAGAACAAAACUCAUGGUUACCACCGCCAACCAUUCCUAACUCUCCAGGGUCUCCUCGCCUGCCACCCAGCCCCACGCGAAUGUUCUUCGGAGUGGCACCUACCACGACUGCCAUUUAUCAGAUGGAACCAUAGGAAAUUGUCAGCAGUGGGCCGUUUUUGACCUACUGCAAUUGUUCAACCGGAUACACGGAUGCUUUGAUGCUUUCCUGUGUGUCAGGCCCCGCUCCAGCUGUAAGCGCCCCAGGACAAGGCUGUCUGGCUUCAGUGCACCGGGCUUGUGGCAGGCAUAAAGCGCAGAGUUAAGGAGGGAAUGGAGACGGUCCCCUCGCCCCUGCCAACCCCAGCACUCAGAGGAUGCACCAGCCAAACCAAACACCACCUGGGCCUUGAAAUCCUGCAAACCCCAUCCCCAAGGCCACAGGAACAGUGUGGGCCCGGAGCUGGGAUAGCGGUCCCUUAGCCCUCCUAUCUGCUCAGCUGCACUGAGUUCUUGGGCCGAGGAAACUGAGGCAUAUGUGCUUCUGGCCUCCUCCAGGCCUUCAGGCCUCGCCUCGUUC